AUGUACAGUAGGCGUGGUAGCCCCGCCACUGGAGCGGCGGUGGUUACCACCGCCAUCCAGCAGAACAUAACUCCAUUGCAGCAACAGAUGGCAGAGCAGAGCCAGCUUUUGGCCUCCAUGGCCAAGGGCAAACUGGCUUUAGCAUUGCUGGCAGAGGAUCCGCCGAAUGUCAAGGGCGCCACUAAGGUUCUCAAGCCUUUGAUUCGCCGUGCGGAGGUCGGCAUGGCGGUCACUAACACCUUGGCGGCCGAGCCGCGCAUUGGCCUCGCUGCCGCCGACAUCUGCUUCAGCAUUUUGUGUAAUGAGGACAAGUUCCGGGACAAGACAAAACCCCGAAAAUUGGUAGACGGCGUCAAGGACCAAGCGCUAAAGCGCGCUGCCAGCCGCUCAGGCCCCAUCGCUGUGCGCCUGUGUGCGCGUCAUGACUUUGGUUGUCAAGCUGCCUUUGGUCGUGGACAAGGCCUUGGUCUUCUUUGGAGAAUUAUGGAGCGCGCUCGCGCUUGUCUUUCGUGGCCCGUCCUUCACGUCUAUGAGUUUUUUGCAGUCGCUUUCAAGUCGCAUAAGGGAUCGCACAACCUCAACCACACCAUGACCGACGCCGACGUGGACGCCUUUCUUAGCCUGAUCGGUUCAGAAACAGAGCUAGACCCAGUCGUACUAGCAGACGUGCAACGCGCGCUGGAGAGCAACGCCCAGCAAUUUGGGGAUCAGAAGUCUUCCAAGGCUGUACCGGACUUUGCAGCAGGCCAGCUCAGCGACACUCAACCAGGAAAACGGCUAGCGGUUCAGAAGGGCACGACGAGACACCCAGUGGUCACCCAGGCACCCACAGACACAGCACCAGUUCUGCACAGGAAACAACCGGCGCGGUCUGCUGAUGAUGAGAAAGAGAAGCGCCUCCAUGGUCGACCGCUGCAGCGUGACGCCUUAGAACCGGAAGACAUUGCGGCCCUGGCUCGCUUAGUCGAGGGCCCAGAGGUGCGGCUCGACUACCUGAUGAUGGUGGCAGCGGUGGCCAUCAUGUUUGCUGGUUUCUUUCGGUUCGACGAUGCUGCCGAAAUUUGCGUGCAUGUGGACUUGCUGUUGAUUUCUGCAUCCCACAUGGAGAUCUUCAUUCCCCGCUCGAAGACAGAUCAGCUCAUGCGGGGCCACUGGGUAGUCAUCGCACGCUCCGGUGGCCCAUGCUGUCCAGUCGGUCUUACCGAGCGUUUGCUGGAGCUAGGCGGGAACAGCAUGGCAGCGGACCGUGGAGUGCCAGCGGAACUGCGCAAGGCUCACGGCCGUUGGCGCACGGACGCCAUGGUACAGCACUACAUGCGGCACGACACUGCAGCCAAACUCGAAGUCUCCCGCCGCCUAGGCCUCGCCGGGGCCGCUUUCGCGCGUGUAAGGGCCCUUGGCAGCCUGUCUCCCGGUUUUCCGCCUCUAUCAUUCCUCGCACUGUCAGCCAGCAUGUUCGAGUCGACAUAG